AUUCCUUCAUUUUUCUUCUUCAUUUUGAUCUUGUUUUCUAUUUCCCUUUCUGGGUUUUUUUAAAAAUUAUAUUUUUUUAAAAGGGUUUAUUAAAUUUUUCUUUUUUUAGCAAUUUAUUUUUUGAAUGUAUGAUGGCUGGAUUGGAUUUAGGGAGUCGAUAUCUAACUCACCUUCAAACGCCAGUAGACGAUCUAGUAAAUCGUAGUGGCCAUUUCUCCUCCGGUGACCACCAAGACGAUGACGAUCCCCACCAAGCCCUAGGCGGAUCGGGGGACGUCGUUGGCCGCCGCCCGCGCGGUCGGCCACCCGGUUCCAAAAACAAGCCAAAGCCGCCGGUAAUCAUCACCCGUGAGAGCGCCAACACGCUACGUGUCCACAUCUUAGAAGUCGGCAGCGGCUGCGACGUUUUCGAUUGCGUCGCUUCCUACGCCCGCCGACGACAGCGUGGGAUCUGUAUUUUGAGCGGUAGCGGUAACGUCACGAACGUCGGCCUUCGCCAGCCAGCAGCGGCAGGGGCGGUGCUGACACUUCAAGGGAGGUUUGAAAUUUUGUCGCUUUCCGGAUCGUUUCUGCCGCCGCCAGCUCCACCGGGUGCCACGAGUUUGACGAUAUUUUUAGCUGGAGGGCAGGGGCAGGUGGUGGGAGGGACGGUGGCCGGGGAAUUAACGGCGGCUGGGCCGGUGAUUUUAAUUGCAGCUUCAUUUACUAAUGUGGCGUAUGAGAGAUUGCCAUUGGAUGAGGAGGAUCAGCAGCAAGCUCCGGCAGGCGGCGGCGGAGUUGGUAACAACAACAACAAUAAUCCAUUUCAAGACCCAUCAAAUUCAGGGCUUCCAUUCUUGAAUCUGCCACUCCAUAUGCAAAACGUUCAACUUCCACCCUUUUGACAAAUUACAAUUAUUCAGACCCUCAAAAUUGGAUCCAAUUGAUGGUUUGAAAUCCCAAAAAAAAAAAAAAAAAAAAAAAUCAUUAAGAACAGCCCAUCAAAUCUCUUGCAGUGAUUAGAUUGGAGAGUCCAAAAAAAAAAAAAAAAAGAAGAAGAAAAAUUGGAGAUCAGAUUGACUAACUGGUUUGAAAGGUCAGCCAUUGAAUCUUCUUAUGAACCCUUAUUUUUAUAAAUUCUCUCUUAACUCUCUAUUGUUAAUUACAUCUAUUUUCCUUCUUCUUCUUCUUCUUUCUUUUGUGGAUGUUUAUUGUAUACUUUAGCUUUCUCUUUUUUAAUU